AUGGCAACAAUUGCAUCUCUUGUCGCCAACCCAAUUUUCUUGCGAAAUCCUCACCCAAAAUUCAGUGCAGCAAAACUGAGCGCAACUUAUAACAGUCGCCAUGCGUCAGUUUCUUUUUCUUCUUCUGCUCCUAAAUUCAACGUCAACGUUAAACUUAAAAGCUUCUUCUCCGCAGCGGGGAAUAACCAGUACUCAACCACCACCACCGACUCAAAAGUAUUAGGGAGGCAUGCCUCUCUGUGUAAGCCGCCUAAUGCUAUUAAAGAUCACCUUGGUAUUGGAAAACCACUUGGACGAGUCGGUGGGAAGUGGUCGACGGGGUAUCCGUACAACCCUACUUCGAGCAACCCUAGCGAGAAUCCUUUCGAACUGGUGUUUCUUUUCGUCUUCUUCUUUCUUUAUAUCGCAUUGAUGGUGUGCAGUGGUUAUCGGUCUAUGUGGUUUAAGGCCUCAGUCUUGAUUAUCUUGGCAGUUCUGUUGGCUUUGCUUUCAUGGGCGUGUGGAAAAACAAGUGUUGUUAAGCUUCAGGUUGGUUUCUCGGGCAAGGGGCGAGAUUUAGGAUUCGAUCUUAAUCACAUUGCUGAAACAGCGGAUACUUCUACCUAUGAGGGUUUGAGCUAUGUUUUGAACGAGACGAUUGUGGCUUUGCUUCGGCAUCAUGAAUAUUACAAUUCAAGUUCCAUAUCUGUGGUUUCAAAGUUCGGCCGAGCAGCAGCAAAUAGUCAUAUUGAUCAACUUUCUGUCAACGAAAGGGUUAAGAACAAAGAGACACUCGUCAAUGUGAACAACACAAAAUUGCAAAGCCCAACAAGCCAAAAAUCAACUAAUGAUCGGCACAAUGAUGAUAUAAUGGUUACAUUAUUUGUGGGUGUUAAAUGGGGGCUUGAGUUGCCUACCAUCUAUAACAAAUAUGACUUAGAGAAUGUGUUGCAAAAAUUCAGAGUCAUUGGUUCCUCCAACUACUUAACGGCAGUAGAGACGUUAUGGACUCCUCAGGUAUCUUCAUGUUCGGCCGCGACAAGUAUAGAUGCAUGA